AUGGACCCGCUAUCCGUUACAGCAUCCAUCAUCGCGAUAGUCACCGCGGCAGUUCAAGUCAGCAAUGGCUUGGCUAAGUUAAUCGCACUCCGGGGUGCACCAGAGAUCGUCAUGGCGCUUCAGAACGAAGUUAGCGACCUUCGCUUAGUAGUACACUCUUGUGAGAGUAUACUGAACAAGCAUGUUACUCUGGGCGGUCAGCAAGGGAACGUCUGGGGCUUACCGCCUGAACUCAUUGGUGUUAAGAACCUCCUAGAUCGGGCUACAAACGAGCUGAAGGAUAUAUGCCAAGUGGUGGAGACGAAAUUGGUGGACAGCAAAGGAAAGUUCAGCAAGAUUGGUUAUAUGAAAGAACAAUCGAAGUUGAUAAAGGCCAAGGAUGGACUGAGGGAUAUUAGGAUGGAGAUUGCUAAUGGAAUAGGGUUGAUGAAUUCAGCAUCUUCAUUUCGCAUCGAAGCUCGCGUUGAACAAUUGGAAAUCUCUUUACAACAGAGCCUCCAAUACCUUGCACUUGAGAACAGGAAUGGAAUUUCGCAAAUAAUUUCCUCGCAAAAUUCCCUGCACAAGAGAGUCGAUGGCUUUCAACAGAAUACGGGAAAUCAGCUUCAACUAAUCCCGACACAGACCGUCCCUGCGAUUGGUGGUAUACCACACGCUAGCGCUACUAUACCUCCAACAUCUUCUCCUCAAAUUACUUAUUCUUAUAAUAAAUCCAUCACAAACUACCAGCGAGAUAGUGUGAUUUUGCCGCUUAGCAUUUCAUCAGGUGGUCUUUGCGACCCCUUGUGCAAAUGUGUAUGCCACCGCCGAAGGAAUAUACAAAGUCCUUCCAUUCUCUCAAAGUUAGUUGGAGAUCUUUUUAUCGGAUAUAACGGGAUCCCAUCUAUUUCGCCUUCUUGCACUAUUCGAAAUUGUAGUCGAGAUAGGAGUGGAAACAUGAGAGUGCAGUAUGCUUUCCCAAAAUGGCUCCUAACAAAGAUGCUCUCGGUGCACGUUCGGGUAUCCCAGUGCCCGGAGGUUCUCAUAAAAACUUGGAAUGUCCGGUGUUAUAAUGACCUAAAGUCUUGGGAAAACCCCUUUUAUAUGGUCGGGAGGGCAGAUUUGGAGGGGUUGAGCAGGCUUUUUCAGGAGGGGAAAGCUUCGUCGAAGGAUAUCGACAGCAACGCAGGGCACAGUUUGAUUCAUUGGGCCAUCAAUGGUAUUCUGGGGGCGGAAGAUAGACUGGAUGCCUACCUCCGGAUGAUCGAGUUUCUUCUCUCGCAAGGGGUUGACUCAACCGUGGAAAAUUAUUAUGGCAACUCUCCAUAUUCCUAUGCGUGCCUCAUCAAAAAGGAAUAUCAGUUAGCUUCAGUCGAUAGUGCGCUUAACAGGAUUCUCAACGAUCCUAAUAUAUAUCUCCCAGAAUCCGAAAUUGACUUUGACGCACUCGAGAUGACGAAGCUUCACAAGAUAAUUAUUGGGAUUGAGACUGGCGACCUUAGAGAGGAGCUGAAGGGGUACCUUGGGCUGAGCUUAAUCGACAAAAGUGAUAAGAUGGGUAGAACUCCUCUUAUGUGGGCAGUUAUAAGGAACGAUCUUGAGACGAUUGAAAUAUUGCUCAAAAAUGGUGCAGACGUAACAAAAUGCUGCAAAGAAGGCAAAAGUAUCUUGAUUCGUUCGCGUUCAGUCGAAAGCUUGGCACUUUGCCUAAAAUAUUGCCCACCGCAGUUCAUCAACUCCUUCUCCACAGCGACGCCGGUCACACCCCUGUUAUAUUAUUGCAAUUUUGAGAUAAGCUACCCAGACGGAAUCAGCGAGUCUCAAGAAAAUGAAAAUCUUCGACUUGCUGCGCUAUUGAUCGAUGCUGGCGCAGACGUUAACCUGGGAACGGCAUCCGGCAUCAGCCCACUUACGUAUAUGGCGGGGCUUAACUACCCCCGGACAACAAAAUUUCUUUUGGAUCAUGGGGCUGAUGUUAAUAGAUGCAAUGGAAUUAAUGUUAGUACGGUGAUCAUGGACACCAUUCGGGGAAAUAAGGUUGCAUCGUUGUCCGUAAUUCUGAGGGAGGCGAGGAAUAUCAAUUUCGGACUCAAAGAUAAAUACGGCUGGAAUUUCCUUCAUUAUCUGGCACGGUAUGGAAGCUUUGAAGUACUCGAGCUAUUCAGAACUGUUGAUUUUUCGGCAAUAGAUGUAGAGGUCAGUCUCGAGAUCGUGGAUUGUAAAGAGGGUCUCUACGGGGGUACGCCUAUAGAAGUUAUGGAUUGGAGAUUCGAGAACAAACAGAAUAUGGAUCGUAUCCCGGAAUCAAAUGAAGAAGAAUGGCAGACCGGUUUUAUGCAGCUCCUGGAUCGCAUUCGUGGGUCAGCCAGAGUGUCUUUGGUGGAUGAUAUAUCGAGCAGCGCAAGUGAAGAGGAAGAAGAUAGUGAUUGGGCUUCUGACCUUGAAGAUAGCUCGGAUGAAGAAGAAUUCUACGAUUGCCACUCCCGCAACCAGACCUGGUCGCAGGAUGCUGCAGAGACUUCGACUUGA